AUGGUAUCAUUGGUGGAGGUAGUAGUAGUCGUAGUAGUGUUGUCGUGGCUGCGCCUGGCAGAAGGAGCUAGAGGAGCCGAUCACGAUGAUGAAGUCUUAAAGCACUGCCAUUUUACACGGUAUCCUGGCCGUUGUUGGCAGGCCUUGGUCGCAGAGCUCGACGAGAGUCACAGGAGUAGUAAGCAGCAGCUUGUCGGUGAUCAUCUGGGCCAGAUUAGCGUGCUGUCAGCUCUUGUUCGCAAAACCAUUUCAGAAACCAACCUGCCAUCUUCCCACUUCACCAUUCUUGACUCCCGCAUGGAAAUCAGCCAAGCUCGCCGUGCCCAAUCGGCCUCAGAGUAUUGCAAGAACCUGACGGGGAUGUCCCUACAAAGUCUUGGUCAGUCGCUGUCGGCUCUCCGGAAUUCUCCAACCAAACGCAAACACGACAUCCAGACGUGGUUGAGCUCCGUCCUAACUUUCCACCAAGCUUGCGCAGAUUCCAUCCACCACAGUCUGUCCACCGCGGACGCCGCAUCUCACAUCUCCCGGAAGACGAGUUACCUCUCCCAGCUAAUCAGCAACGCCCUCUCACUCGCCAACAGGAUCACUAGUAGUGAUCAUAGUCAUAGUGCUAAUAAGACGAGUACUAGUAGUGGUAGUGGGGCGGGAUUUCCAGAAUGGGUAUCCAUGAAGAACAGGAAGCUGCUGCAAGGUGGUGGUGGUGUUAUUAUUAGGGCGAACGCGGUGGUGGCCAAGGACGGGACUGGGAACUACGAGACCAUCUCGGCGGCCAUUGCGGCGGCUCCUGGCCGGAGUCGGUUCGUGAUAUACGUGAAGGCGGGAGUUUACAAUGAGAAAAUUCACACCAACAAAGAUGGCAUCACUUUGGUGGGAGACGGUAAAUAUGCUACUGUGAUUGUUGGCCGUGAUAGCGUCAAUGGCGGCUCUACCAUGCCCGGCUCUGCCACAUUCACUAUCACAGGCGACGGAUUUAUUGCAAGAGACAUCGGCUUCCAGAACACGGCGGGUCCCGCCGGAGAACAGGCAGUGGCUCUCUACGCCGCAUCCGACCACUCCGUCUUCUAUCGCUGCAGCAUGACCGGCUACCAAGACACCCUCUACGCCCUCGCCCUCGCCCUCCGCCAAUUCUACCGCGAGUGCGACAUCUCUGGCACCAUCGACUUCAUCUUCGGCAACGCCGCCGCCGUCUUCCAGAACUGCAACAUCCUCCUCCGCAGGCCCCGACCCGGGAAUUCCAACGUCGUCUUCGCCAACGGCAGGACGGAUCCGGGUCAGACGACCGGCUUCUCCCUCCAGGCCAGCCGUAUCUCCGCCGCCUCCGAUCUUGCACCAGUCAAGUCCAACUUCGACUGCUACUUGGGCCGCCCGUGGAAGCAGUACUCCAGGGCGGUGGUUAUGCAGUCCAGCAUCGACCCCACCAUUUCCUCCAAAGGAUGGGCCGAGUGGCCCGGCCAGGGCUCCUUCUCCAAGACGCUCUACUUCGGAGAGUUCUCCAAUUCCGGGCCUGGUGCAGGCAUGUCAGGCCGGGUCAAGUGGGCCGGAUUUCAUGCUCUCGGGCCCCAAGAAGCCGCCAAAUUUACCGUCGGCAAUUUCAUCGCGGGGAGCUCAUGGUUGCCUUCAACUGGUGUAACUUUCAUUGCAGGACUCUAG